GUCGCUCUCUCAUAUUGACAUUUCUAGAGCUUACUCAUUUGUUCCGGACGCUGUGUGUGACAUUGUAACUGCUUCGCGAAAAUUGUGAUAAGUACAAAACUGUCUAUAAACCAGACACGUGAGACGGAGAUAAAUAAAUGAGCAUCAUAAACCAUAUAAUAUGGACAUUGCGGAAAACUCACAAUUAAAAGAUGCAAUAAGAGAUACUAAAGAAGAAUUGUAUCCUGAUACAGCAAAGUCUGAAAUUACACAACUUAAUCAUGAAGAAUUGAUACGACUGACUAAGGUAGCGAUAGAUAAUAUUAUUGAAAGCGAUCCACUUCUCUCUGGAUUACCCUCAGAUGUCACGAUAGAAGAACUUAAGUCACAGAUUGCGGUUGCACAAGGACAAGCUAUAACUUUAUUCUUAAAUCGUGGAGAAUUACGAAAACUUGCAGUAGUGGUUCCACCACAUGACNUAUUG